ACAGAAUGACAAACGAAAACGCGUAAUUUUUCUCGGCAUUUUUUGGUUUACCGUCUCUCGUUUUACUUUCAGUUUAGAAGAAGCUGCAUGCAAUUACUUUACUUUUGAAGUCUUUGCCAUUUCAAAACUAUGAUUAUCUUGAAUACUAUUUUAUCCAGUUUGACGAUUGUUUUGUUGGUUUUUGGUAAUUUGAUUAAAUGCCAAUCUUUUCGUCCAGCAAUCAGAGUUCGACUCAAUCGACAAGUCUUUGAUCAGGCUUCUUCAAUAGUUCAAGGUCUUGUUGAGUAUGAAGUGCCACGGGUCAAUAUUCCAGCAACUCGUCAAUGUUUCACAGAAGGAUGUGUAGAUGCGCACUCCUUUCGAAUGUCUUCGUUCCGACAACCCAGUUUCGUUGCGUUCGAACCGCACUUUCCGAAUAAAUUCCGGAUCCGGGUCACCGAUUUUGACUUUGUAGUAACGGGACAACUCAGCGGAACGAUAACUGUGAUAUUAAACAUUCCCAUCACUGGCAACGUUAUAGUUACAGGAAGAAGUAUUGGUGUCAGUGCAUUGCUGGACUUGCAAAAAACAGUGAAUGAUCAACCAUACCUACGGUUCAAUGAGUGUAGAAUUGAAAAUGGAAUUGUAUCGGCAAGAGUUGCAAACAUGGGAUUGCUCACAGACACAAUCAAUCAGAAAUUUGGCUCCGUUCUGUCGGGACAAUCAAGACUUCAGCUUGAAGAAGCAAUUUGUGAGCACAUGAAUAGACUCACUCAACAGCAUUUUUCAACAAGACUUGCAAGAAUUCCAAGAUCUUUAUCUGCGAAGGAACUGCUUGAAAUUGUUAUCUCAAACAAUGUGAAGAAGCCAGCAACUUCGCAAGCGACCAAUUUUGCAAGAUUAGUUCGACAGAAAAGAGCUUCUACAAACGAUGAUUAUUAUGAUGAUGUCGAGAAAAUUGAUGGACGACCAGCUAAACCAUCGCCAAAUGUGAAUAUUCAGAAGAUCAGCUUAUCAAGAGAGGAUGUCAUUAACUUUUUCAACAUUGAGCGAUUAUCUCAUAUUCUGAUUGAUUUGACUUUACUCGAUGCUGCUUCCACAUCAUCAGAUUUUUCACUGGGAAUCUCUGGAAAUGUUUUCAGUUCUAGAUCACAAGGAACAUCCCCGUAUGUCGUUCCACAUCCAUUCAGAAUUCCACAAAAUAAUAAUAGAAAAAUGAUUGAAGUUGUUGUUUCUCAAUAUUCUCUCAAUAGUUUGCUCUUCCAAGCUCACAGGACCAAUUCAUUGAUUUUCCACAUUGAUUCUAAAACUCCGGGUGUUGGAAAUUUACUAAAAACAUCAUGCACAUUAGAUGAAGUUUGUAUUGCAGAUGAAAUCCCAAAGAUUAAAUCAGUGUAUCCAAAUCGAAGAUUAGAACUUAUUAUCAGGUCAGCUGCACCGCCAACAGUAACAAUCAACAAUGAUGUGAUGACGAUUUCAAUGAAUGGUCGCUGUAUAUUUUUCCUUGAAGGAACACGACAAAAAAUUGGUGUAAUUCCAUUUAAUACUGUUGUUCAGAUCAACAUGAAAACCACAGUUGGAAAGCUUAUUGGAACAGUUACCAUACAAUCCCUUGAUUUUAUACAAGGAAUUGAUUUUCUGGGAAUGUCUGUUUCUGAUUUAGAUGGAUUAAGAAGAACAACAAAAAGUGCACUUCAAAAUUUUGCCAGCUCUGCAACUGCAAAUGGGUUCACACUUUCAACUGCAUCAAUGCACUCCCCUCUUCGUUUGUCCCAUCCAGAAGUCUCACUUCUUCCAAAUGCUCUGCUUCUGCAAGCUGAUGUGGAUCUAUACAGAACAUUAUAUUCAGCAAGAAAAUACCGAAAAUCAGCUUAAUCUUGAUGCUCACUCAUAAUAUAAUAUCUAGAAGAUGGGUCACAUGAAAACAAAAAACGGGUAUUGCAGACGACUACAGUUAGACAAAGAAAUAUCUCAAUCAUUGAUCCUAGUAUUGCUCCAUGAAUUUGCCAUUUUUUGUAAAUUUUAAUAUUUUUGUUAUUAUAAAAAAUAAUUGUGAUACAAUGAAGUUUUAAUUGCCUUGUU